UUAUUUUGCUCGCAAGUUGAUUCUGAUGCAGUGUCCUGAUCAAUAGGUUGAAUCAGAAAUAUUUUGUCUUCAUGGUGGGUUGUCCCCCUCUAUCGAAACCCUUGAUAAUAUAAGAAACUUUGACCGUGUUCAAGAAGUUCCACAUGAAGGUCCCAUGUGUGAUCUUUUAUGGUCUGACCCUGACGAUCGAUGCGGUUGGGGUAUCUCCCCCCGUGGUGCGGGAUACACGUUUGGCCAGGACAUAUCAGAGCAAUUCAAUCAUACCAACAACUUAAAUCUAAUUGCUAGAGCUCAUCAGUUGGUUAUGGAGGGAUACAACUGGGCCCAUGAGCAAAAGGUUGUCACAAUUUUCAGUGCUCCAAAUUAUUGUUAUCGUUGUGGGAAUAUGGCAUCCAUUUUGGAAGUUGAUGAUAAUAGAGAGCAUACAUUUAUCCAGUUUGAGCCAGCUCCAAGGAGAGGGGAACCUGAUGUAACUCGAAGAACUCCUGAUUAUUUCUUAUAGAGCAAUCGACAGUAACUGGCUCGUGUUUACUUGUCCUUUAACGAAAGCUUCAAGUUACUAGGUGUUUUUGAUGGUGAAGAAGCGUUGAAAGUUCGAAAGUGGUUGGGGGUUCUCUUCCAGCAAUCGACGUUAUAUUCUAACCCAUGCAAGUGUCCUUUGAAGCGGAAAUAGGGGUCCGCCGAAUCUUUUAGUGUAUUGUUUCAUAUAAUGUUUUGAUAUUCUAGUUGUCCCCACUUUCUUUUAAAUUUUAAUAAAUAUUUUGUAAGUUUGUGAUCCAUAUUUCUCGUCACUGUGAACGAUUUGUUCUGUAGAAGUAAUGGAGAGUUCUAUUCAGUUGCUAGAUCAUAAUUUUUAUCCA